AUGGAAGAUCCUCUCUCCAUCGCCGCUAGCGUGGCGGGCCUCAUUACUCUUGCCGCCUCCACUACGAAACUGGCCAAGACAUUGUCGGAUCGAUACAACGAGAAAGCCGCUGCUUCAGUGAGGGGAAACGUCGAGACUCUUGAUUCGGCGCUGAUCCGAAUCAACAGGAGUCUCGAGCACCAAGCAUUCGAUCAUCCUGGAGAGGAGAUUUUGAGGCAGCCUAUCGAGUGCUGUGCGCGAACACUGAGAAACAUCGAGAUGCAGUUCCAGAAACUUGAAAUAAAGGGCUACUCGUGGCAUAGUAUGAGAGGGAGGAUUGCUCGUCCAGAGGUGUUGAGGGAAAUCUCAACGCUACAGAUUACGCUGGAGGGGCAGAAGACAACGCUAUUGAUCGCAAUGCAGAACUGCACCGGAGAGAGUCAGAGCAAGAUGCUGCACAUGAUAUUCAACGCCAUUGAGGAACUCAGAGCCAUCAUUGAAAGAGAGAAGCCCAUGGACACGUCUCCUCAGGAAAUUGACAAUGACGUGCUCGCCAAUUCAAUGAGAGCAGACUUCGGCUACGCAAGCACUCCAUCUGUGGUGCAUGUGCAUCCCUCUUUUGAUGACUGGCUCUCAACAUGGGCAACACCAGACGACCAAGAUGGCCAGCCUACAUCCUUAACUGACCAAUCACCAAAGGAAGGACAUCUAAAUUCGGAAUCUGGCACUGCAUCUAGCCGGCCGCUGCAGAACGUGAAGUUGAUCAUCGAAGGUCUCCCGCAAGCAGCCCAGGAAGGAAAUGCGACAAGUGAGAUCACCACACCCGCAAACACACCAUUGUAUGAUAUCAUGUUCCAACUCGAUAAGGAGUACCUACAACCACCUAAACGUGACCGCUCUGACAAUCUUCAAGGACCUGACCGAAUCUGCGGUUUCGCGAUCGUGGAUAACGGAACCAAGGUUGCACCAUUCAUGCCUUGGAGCACCUCGUUCGUGGUGGUCAUGGAGGGCCCAAGUUGCUACGACGUUCAGUCUGGGCUCAAGAUCAACCACAACGAGAGUUUGGUUCACUUCUACAAUGGCUGUGUGCGUAGAUGA